AUGGAGGUCCAAUCGAUCGAAUGGCUUCGCUGCGCCCGGCCUCAAAUCUGCCUCAGCCUUGGGCCUCGAAGUGCACUGCUUGCCACAGCCCGUCUGCGAUCAGGUCUGACCCCAGCGCAUGCAAGGCGCACACAUGCACAUGAGCGUGUGUGCAUGUGCACACGCUCGCCAGUCCAAGUGUACGCGCACUCACACACAGCCGCGACCUCUUCUGCACCCGAACGGGGACGUAGGCGCACUCACUUGUGCCAGGCAUAUACACAUGCAUGCACGCACGCACACAUGCAUGCAGGCAGGCAGGCGGGCGGGCAGGCGCGCACGCACCCACGUACGUGGGCACUUAUCUCACGGACGGACUCAGAUGGAGGCAGCGCGGCUGGCACACAGUUUUAA